AUCAUGAUUAAAAAUAACGGUUGAUUUGAAAGUGCAGAUAUUUGUUAAUAAUUAAUCGAUAACAUCAUAUUCGAUAAAAAAAACUACACAAUUCAUCCAUCUCAUAAACGUCGAUGCAAUUAAUUGCAUUCUCAUAAGUAAAUAAACAAAUAUUGUGAGAUCAAACAAUUUGCGUGUUAAGAAUUGCGCUGAAUUAAACAUGAAGCGUAUCAAAAACAAGAGUGGUAAUGCAAUAGUGACUAAGAAAAGUAAGGCGGAAAGUCCGGUUGAAAAUGAUAAAGAUGCUACGUCGUCAGUGACUACCAUAGAAAAGGUAUCAAUUACUCUUCAAGCUCUUCAGAAACGACGCCUGGCUACAGCAAAAAGUAUUAGCGAAUUUCCCUUCAACAAAAAACGCGUACGUGUGCUUAGUAUAGUGAAAGAGGUACCAGAAUCGCGUCCUGGAGGUGUCCUCUAUUGGAUGUCACGCGACGCUCGUGUGCAGGACAAUUGGGCGUUAUUAUAUGCACAACGUUUAUCGUUAAAACUAAAAUUGCCACUUUUUGUCUGCUACUGUUUGGUACCUAAAUUUUUAAAUGCUACUCUACGCCAUUAUAAAUUCUUAUUAGAUGGCUUAAAAGAAGUAGAUCAGGAAUGUCGGGAAUUAAGUAUUCCAUUCAAAUUAUUUCUGGGAUCACCUUUGGAGUGUAUUCCAGAAUUCGUAAGCUCGCGAAAAAUAAGCGCUGUUGUGUGCGAUUUUUCACCACUUCGUGUGUCACAGCAGUGGGUAGAGGGAAUAAAAAAUGCAAUACCUCGUGAUGUACCGUUUAUGCAAGUGGACGCGCAUAAUUUGGUGCCACUUUGGGAGGCAUCCAACAAACAAGAAUAUGGUGCGCGCACUAUACGCGGGAAACUUAAUUCUAAGCUUGCAGAAUUUCUUACGGAAUUUCCACCAGUGCUAAGGCAUGCCUAUAACAAAGAGGUAAUGUUAAAUUGUACAGCAAUUAACUGGAAAGGAGCUGAAACAUCCAUACAAUGUGAUCGAUCAGUAGAUGCAGUAGAGUGGGCCCAACCAGGAUAUAAAGCGGCAUGUUCACAAUUGGAGAGCUUCUGUUUAAAUCGCUUGCGAAUAUUUAGUGAAAAGCGGAAUGAUCCAACUGUAAAUGCUCUAUCAGGUCUAUCUCCCUGGUUUCACUUUGGUCAAAUUUCUGUACAACGUUGCGUUCUUGAGGUGAUGCGUUUCAAACCCAAAUACAAAGCAUCUGUGGAGUCCUUUUGCGAAGAAGCCAUAGUGCGUAGAGAAUUGGCAGAUAAUUUUUGUUAUUACAAUGAACAUUACGAUAAUCUAAAAGGAUUACAUGCUUGGGCAGCUAAAACGCUUGAUGAUCACCGCAAGGAUAAACGUUCUCCUGCCUACACACUGGCUGAAUUCGAGCAAGCUCACACACACGACGAUCUUUGGAAUGCAUCGCAGUUGCAGUUAGUACGUGAAGGCAAAAUGCAUGGAUUUCUGCGAAUGUAUUGGGCCAAAAAAAUACUCGAAUGGUCUUCUACGCCAGAAGAGGCACUGGAAGUAGCUAUUCUUUUAAACGAUAAGUAUAGUUUGGACGGUCGAGAUCCAAAUGGAUAUGUUGGGUGCAUGUGGUCAAUUGGUGGCGUACAUGACCAAGGCUGGGCUGAAAGACCAAUUUUUGGGAAAGUGCGUUAUAUGAAUUAUAAGGGAUGUCAGCGUAAAUUUGAUGUAGCAACCUUUGUGACGCGAUAUGGUGGCACAGUUUAUAAGGCUAAGUAAAUGAUAUUUGCUUUCCCAAUAACUUUUUAACAUAUGUGCAUUGCGCAUUUUAAUAUGUGAUUGCUGCUAAAAUGUUCCGACCAGUCGAGUGUUUUCCGAUAAAAAUGUAAAUGUUCUUUGCUUUUAAUAUUGAAACAAGUAAAGGAAAUUUCAAACAA